UUGUGCGUCUCCCCACUCAUCUCUGCCACGUGACCUUGUAAACGACCUCUAGUUUGCCAUUGCCCAUUGGCCUUCCGUCAUUGACUUGGUUUGGCAGGGAAGCCGUUUGAGCUCGAAGAAAUCGUAUUGCCACACACAAAUUUUUAUUUAAAACGUGAUGUUGCGCACCACGACAAGUCUCCGAAAUGAACUUCAAAAGGCAACAUUUCGAAUUAGCGCACGGGCUAACUUUGUCAGGUUUUUUGGAUCCCGUUGUCUUGUUCAUAGAAAACAUCUGCAAAGAUUUCAGGUACUUAAUGUACCAAGAUUAGCUUCACCAUCAUGGAUCCAACAGAGGUUCUUUUCAGACUUGCCAGACCAUGUCAAAGUGACACUGCCAGCAUUAUCUCCAACUAUGGAAAAUGGCACGAUUGUCAGUUGGCAUAAAAAAGAAGGAGAAAAACUUAAUGAAGGUGAUCUUCUGGCUGAAAUUGAAACAGACAAAGCCACAAUGGGCUUUGAAACUCCAGAAGAAGGCUAUCUAGCAAAAAUUUUAGUACCUGCUGGAACAAAAAACGUAGCCAUUGGAAAACCUGUCUGCAUAAUUGUUUCUGAUGAAGCAAGUGUAGCCGCAUUCAAAGAUUUUAAGGUUGACGAUACUUCAACUGCAACAUCUGCCCCGGCUCCACCUAUGCCCACUUCUAAAGUUGCAUUUUCACCUACACCCGUAACUACAACAGCAGUGGCACAGGCACCAAUAUCUGUUUCUUCAAUGUCUGCAGUUUCUGGAGACCGAAUCUAUGCUAGCCCACUUGCAAGGCGACUUGCAGCAGAACAAGGACUGACUCUUGAGGGCUUGAAGGGUACUGGACUGUUUGGGUCAAUAACUUCAAAAAAUUUGGAAGGUGCAUCACUUGCUCAGUCGGUUUUGGGAGCAACAAAUAUUGCAGGUGGUCAGGAUAUUGCGGUAUCAAAUAUUCGCGGUGUCAUAGCUAAAAGGUUACUAGAAAGUAAACAAACCAUUCCCCAUUAUUAUUUAACUGUCGAAGUCAAAAUGGAUGCUGCUUUAGCCAUGCGGGAACAAUUUAACAAGAUUAUGGAAAAGGAGAAGGUGAAACUGAGUGUCAAUGACGUCAUCAUCAAAGCAAUUGCCAUGGCGUGCAAGAAAGUGCCUGAAGGAAAUAGUGCGUGGCUUGGAAACGUCAUCCGACAAUACGAGAACGUAGAUGUUAGUGUAGCUGUGAGCACUGACGGCGGAUUAAUUACGCCAAUCGUCUUUAGUGCGGACAAUAAAGGCAUUGCGCAGAUAAGCAAAGAUGUAAAAACUCUCGCUGCCAAAGCCCGCGAGGGUAAAUUGCAACCGCACGAAUUUCAAGGUGGCACAAUCACUGUAUCGAAUUUGGGAAUGUUUGGUAUCAAAAAUUUCUCUGCUAUUAUCAAUCCACCGCAGUCUAUCAUUCUGGCAGUUGGCACUACCGAAUCGAGGCUCGUACCUGCUAAUAACGAAAAAGGGUUCUUAAUCGCUUCGUAUAUGUCUGUAACCGCAAGUUGCGAUCAUCGUACGGUGGACGGAGCUGUGGGUGCUCAAUGGCUGGCAGCCUUCAAAUCGCUUCUGGAAAAUCCAACGACAAUGCUCCUUUAGUAAGUCUGAGAACAAAUCCGUACCUAAUACAGAAGCGUCUGAACUGUUUAGUACGGACUGACGUUAGUACAUAUGUCAGUAAUGAUAGAUUAUUUUAUUAGUGGUCACAUUUUACUAUUGUCAUUGAAGUGACACGAAUUUGACGAACCGAAGUUUAUCAACUAUUCCGAAACUGUUUUAAUUAUUUUAAUUAUUUCUGCUCCGACAAAUCAUAACAUAUUUACAUAUAAACUGCAGUACCUUCUGAUUAUUCAUUUAUCAAUGUGCUAUAUUACUUGUGUUGACUGACACUAACAUGAGUAUACUUUAGGAAACUCCAAAUAGUACAUGAUAUCUUGUUAAUAAGAAAGAAAAAAAAAGAUGGCCAAGGCCAGAAAGGAUUAGUUAUGCGUAGAAUAUGUACGAUUAUUGAAUGUGUUAAACAAUUUGUAAGAUAGUCCUCGUAAUUUGUCAAGUACAAAUCGAACGAAUCUUUUCGUGUUUUAGGCGCAAAGCUCUAAUACUUUUAUUUCCACAAUCCGAUUUAAAAUAGAUCCGAAAGGAUAUUGAACUAGUCUGGAACAGUUGAAUGGACCUACAAAAGUUUGUACUGCUUUCUUAUAAAUCCGAAAGGUUCAAACAUUCAUGAGCGGGCCCGCGCGAACGCACAACUGUUCGACAUCUUGGACAUACAUAUAUAAUAUUUGUGUAAAAGCACACCCCUCUUGGAAUACAUGGAUUAAACUUCCGCUAAUCAAAUAGUCUUAGAAGUCUAAUCGGAUAAGAAUUGUGUGGAGAAAAAUGUGUACAGAAAAAAAUGAUAUAUAUAUAUAUAUAUAUAUAUAUAUGUUGAUCUAAGUAUUUAAUAAAUUAUAUCUUAUGAUACAA